AUGACGGUAGGAGCACGCCGUUUUACCCCAGAGGUCCUCCUCUCUGCCCCUCGCCGAUCCACAGCAACACCAAGUCCAGAUGGUACAGCAGCUCUGUUUUCCGUUUCGACCUACUCUUUCCAAACCCACAAGAAGAGCAGCGAGAUUCGAGUGCUUGACAUCAAUACCGGACAAACGAAGAUACUAAGCAACGAUCUGGAAGCUAGCGAACCAACGUGGUUGGGAGAAGACGAUGUGGUGUUGUUGUUGAAGGGCGGAGAUAAGGGGACAACCAGCCUGCUUGCAGUCAGAGCCAAUGUACCAAACGACAAUCCUAAACUCCUGAUGACCUUUAAUGGGUCAGUGUCUAACCUCAAAGUUACAAAACUCGACAAUGAUACAGUGGCACUUGCAGUCACUGGCCUUGCCACCUCGGACGGAAGGCUAUACAACUCAGAAACAGCGGAGAAGCCAAAAUCAAGUGGGCGUGUAUACUCGAAGCUGUUUGUGAGACAAUGGGAUGCAUAUGUGUCGGAAAACAAGAGCUCAAUCUUCUAUACCACCCUAAGCAGAUUCCCCGGUGCUUCGCAGUUUACCGUCGCUCCUCUGAAGAAUGCUCUAGCAGGCCACUCGGUGCAUUUGGAAUCGCCCGUCCCUCCGUUCGGCGGUCCGGGAGACUUUGACAUUAGCAAGAAUGGAAUAAUAUUCAUCGCGAAGGAUCCAAAACUCGACCCAGCGAAUCACACCAAAACAGACUUGUACUAUAUUCCUCUCAGAACUUUUGCCGAAUCUCAGGCGCCACCACCGCAGAUAAUCAAAACUGGAAAUCUUAGAGGGUACUGCAGUUCCCCUGUUUUCUCCCCGGAUAGUAAGUCUAUUGCAUUUGCAAGAAUGCAGAGCGACCAAUACGAAAGUGACAAACCUCGACUUUUACUCGUGCCAGAUAUUGAAGAUUUGUCUAAUGUUCAAGAAUUCUAUGAGACUAAAGAUGGAGUGGGUAAGUGGGAUUUAAGGCCAGAGACUAUUGUGUGGAGUAAGAAUGGUGAAGAACUGUACGUCACCGCGGAAGAAAAUGGGCGUGGAAGACUGUUUAAGUUGCCAGCAUCUCCUCGACAUGCACAUGAAUUGCCCACAGCUCUGACAAGCGACGGGACAGUGGCUGAUGUCAAAGUCUUGCCAAACAACGACCUUUUUCUUAGUAGCACUUCGCUAGUUGACAACAGUAUCUAUUCCAUUUGCGAUCCCAAAGAUCCGAAAAAGAAGACGAUUGUAUCUUCCAACGCAAAGGGUGGGAAGACGUUCGGUCUGUCACAAGAUCAAGUUGAGGAGUUUUGGUACCAGGGCGGUGAAGAUUAUAAUGUUCAUGCUUGGGUCAUAAAACCAUCUUUCUUCAAGAAGGGCGAGAAAUAUCCACUGGCGUAUUUGAUUCAUGGCGGUCCUCAAGGGGCCUGGAACGAAAGCUGGUCAACCCGCUGGAAUCCAGCAAUUUUCGCAGAGCAAGGCUAUGUUGUCGUAACACCCAACCCAACAGGGAGCACGGGCUAUGGCAUGGCUCUUCAGAACGGCAUCAAAAACAAUUGGGGUGGUCGACCUUACGACGACUUAGUAAAAGGCUUUGAUUAUAUCGAGAAGAAUCUUGAUUAUGUAGACACAUCAAACGCCGUGGCUCUGGGUGCCUCAUAUGGUGGAUAUAUGGUCAAUUGGAUUCAAGGCCAUGCCCUUGGUCGCAAGUUCAAAGCACUCGUCACCCAUGAUGGCGUUUUUUCGACACUUAAUCAAUAUGCGAGUGAUGAACUCUUUUUCCCACAUCACGACUUCGGCGGAACUCUCUGGGAGAAUCCAGAAAGCUACGAAAAAUGGAAUCCCGCAGCUGCAACCUACCUCAAGUCUUGGGCUACUCCACAUUUGAUUAUCCAUAAUGAGUUAGAUUACAGGCUGCCUAUUAGUGAAGGUCUUGCACCUUUCAAUGUGUUGCAGACAAAGGGUAUUCCGAGUAAAUUCUUGACCUUUCCAGAUGAGAACCACUGGGUGCUGAAGCCCGAAAAUUCGCUGGUAUGGCAUAGGGAGGUUCUAGACUGGAUUAAUAAGUAUAGUGGCGUUGAUCAAAAACAACACUAG